ACGGGGACCGAGGGGCCCUGGAGCCCCGAGCUGCCCCGGUUCAUCAUCCGUGCGGACAGGAUGGCGGGGAGCGGACUCAGGGGUCGAGCCUUCCGGCAGCUGAAGCGCCAUCCCGGGCUCAUCCCGCUCAUCGGCUUCAUCGCCCUGGGCAUGGGCAGCGCCGGCCUCUACCUGCUCAGACUGGCCCUGCGCAGCCCCGACGUCAGCUGGGACCGAAAGAACAACCCGGAGCCCUGGAACCGCCUGCGCCCCAACGACCAAUAUAAGUUCCUCGCCGUCUCCACCGACUACAAGAAGUUGAAGAAAGACCGACCGGACUUCUGAGGGCCGCCAGGCGGAGGUCUGGAGUCCGGAAUAAACACGGCACCCGGCCUCGCCGC